AAACACAAACUCUAAUGCAACGUUUGAAUCAGAGAAGACGGAAAAUUUGACCGUGACUUUGUGUGUACAAAUGGAAUUAAUUGGGCCAUGAUCGAUUUGAGAAAAAAAAGUUAAAAAUUUUGAAUCGCAAACUGAUAUCGCUUCGACUAUUGAAUCGGAGACACGAAUGAAAGGAAAAAAAAUUGUUAUGAAAACGAAAGAAAUUUAUCGUGGUUGCGAUGGUGGCAUCUGUGGGACAAAAUUUAAACUAAACUAGGUACAUGCUAUGACUCACAUUGACAGAUUCCAACCGAAUUCAACAAUAACAAUUGACAUUAAAAAAAAAACGAACGUGAAGGCAAAGCAGAGGCAAAACACACACUCUCUCCGUCGUCAAUCGAAUGUCGACACAUUGACUGCUGGCACAAUAGCCACUGUGCGAUGGAUAGAUUAGCACACAACCAGAACGAAACGAGACAGAAUGCACAUCGUCACACAUGCCACAUGCAAAUCCUAAACUUUACGGGUAUACUGUUUUCGUAAACAAACACCGAAGCAAACGAAUAAAACGGAGAAAUAAAAAAAAAACAUUAUGGUCGAGUGCAAAGUAGUUGUCAACAAGCGAUUUUCAUAAAUAUAAUAUUUUCGAAGCAAACAAUAAAGACACAAAAAAAAACUCAAAACCAAUGCAUUUGUGAAGAGAAGAUAUGUGUUACGCGCAUAUUAAAAUUUUGGCCUUUCAACUAGUGCGAUCAAAUAUACAACGGGGCAGCUAAAACGCACCGCAUUCUGUGUGAUACACAUCAUCAAAUGACAACACACCACAACAUUUGAUUUUGCAGCGACAACGGAGCAGCAUUUUAAUAGGCAUUUUUUGGUUGGUUCGAUUUGAUUUGUGCGUGAACGGAAUAGAACAAUUAGACUUGCAUUACCUGUAUAUUUUGAAUGGAUCAAUCGAGUUUUGAGUGUUUUAUCAAACAACCAUCAUUCGUCUAUUGUCAAAAACUUGUUUUGCUGCUGCGAGCUCACUCGCUCCUGCACACGGGCUAUCAAUAAUAUUCGUCUAUAUCGAUUAUAUGCUGGAUUGGACAAUUGCAUUUAACAUAGAAAUACAACAACUUCGACUUUUGAUUCGCAAAUUAGUCAACUCACAAAGUUUUUUCUCGAAUCAAAUAUGGGAGCACAUGGAAUUUACCACGAACGCCAAAUUCGAGAGCUAUGCGCCUUGCAUGCGCUCAACAAUCUAUUUCAAGCAAAGGAAACAUUCACCAAAUCCGAACUGGAUGAAAUCUGUGUACAAUUAUCACCGGACGAGUGGAUCAAUCCCCAUAAAUCGAUGCUCGGUCUUGGACAAUAUGAUGUGAAUGUUAUCAUGAGUGCGUUACAGUUGAGGGGCUACGAAGCAAUUUGGUUUGAUAAACGCAAAGAUCCAUUCUGCAUCGAUACAUCGAACAUACUUGGUUUUAUAAUGAAUGUGCCGUCCGAAUAUAAGUUUGGUUUUAUUGUGCUGCCAUUUCGUCGUCGACACUGGAUUGCCAUACGCAAAGUGGAUAAAUUGUAUUGGAAUUUGGAUUCAAAGCUGAACGCACCCGAGUACAUCGGUGACGAUGCCGAAGUCAUAAAUUACUUAAGUAACCAAUUCAAAAGCAAUGACAUGGAACUGUUCGUGAUUGUGAAAACGGAAACGGAAAAAACGAAGCAAUGGCUCAAAGAAGAUGCGCGAUAGAGACAGAUCACGCAUGCCGGCAAAUACUGUUUUGUCGAUUGUUUUUUUUUUUCUGUUUUUAGUAUUGGGCCGAAAAAUCUUAACAUGUUAUUUGUUCUAACAAACCGGAGAAGGUGGGGUUAAAAACAGUGUAAAUAGCGCUAGACGUUUUUAAGACAGAAAAUCUACCGUUAUAUAUAUUAGAGAACUCUUUAAACUAAACAAAAUGAAAAAUUGAAUAGAGAUCAAUUGUUAUUUCUUAAGGGUUUUAUUUAUAUUUUGUACAAAUAAGUGCUACCGCCUAAAUUCUCAGCCAUUUGAACUGAGACUCAAAGAGAGUAACCAACCAAUCAAGAUAUAAUCAAAUAAAAUGGAAACACAUGGGCAUUGUUGUACUGUUGACAUCAA